GUAAACGGUUACCUAAUUGGAACAUUCCAGAUCGUCAUAACUGGCCGUACUCUCUCGAAUCCCCCCGAAUCUCGAAACCAAAAUUCCCAAGCAAUUCCUAAACCCCCAGCACACUGCACACCCAAAAAAAGGGCUCUCGGCAGGAACAUGGAAAAUGCGUACUAAACGACACCGUUGACUCCCAAGUUCAACAUAAAACCCGAAUCAAACGACAACGUUUCAUAGAACACUCCAGAACCCCCGGUCUUCUCUUUUCCCUCGCUAAUUAUUGCAGAAGGGAGGAGAAGGGACCAGAACCUCUCUUCAGUAUAUAUACCUUCAAAUAUCAUUUCUGUUGUUAUAUCAUUCUCAUUCUCAUUCUCAUUCUCACCAAGCAAAGAAUUAGUCAAUCUUUCUCACCAUUUUGCCAUCUCUUUUUCUAUUUGGUUUCAUUGGUUUGCGAGGAAAUGGCGGACGUGCAGAUGGCUGACGCAGAGACGUUUGCCUUCCAGGCUGAGAUCAACCAGCUUUUGAGUUUGAUCAUCAACACUUUUUACAGUAACAAGGAGAUUUUUCUUCGUGAGCUUAUCAGCAAUUCCUCUGACGCUUUGGAUAAAAUCCGAUUUGAGAGCUUGACUGAUAAGAGUAAGCUCGAUGCUCAACCCGAGCUUUUCAUUAGGAUUGUUCCAGACAAGGUUAACAAGACCCUCUCCAUCAUUGACAGUGGCAUAGGCAUGACCAAAGCAGAUCUGGUGAACAACUUGGGUACAAUUGCAAGGUCUGGUACCAAGGAGUUCAUGGAGGCAUUGCAGGCUGGAGCUGAUGUGAGCAUGAUUGGUCAAUUUGGUGUUGGUUUCUACUCUGCUUACCUCGUCGCUGAGAAAGUUGUUGUGACCUCAAAGCACAAUGAUGACGAGCAGUACAUUUGGGAGUCCCAAGCUGGUGGCUCCUUCACUGUCACCAGGGAUGUCAGUGGAGAGCAACUUGGUAGGGGUACCAAGAUGACCCUUUUCCUCAAGGAGGAUCAGUUGGAGUACUUGGAGGAAAGGAGGAUCAAGGACCUUGUGAAGAAGCACUCUGAGUUCAUUAGCUAUCCGAUAUACCUUUGGACUGAGAAGACAACAGAGAAAGAGAUUAGCGAUGAUGAAGACGAUGAGCCUAAGAAAGAAGAAGAAGGAGAUGUUGAGGAUGUUGAUGAGGAGAAGGAGACUAAAUCAAAGAAGAAGAAGAUCAAGGAGGUGUCUCAUGAGUGGCAACUCAUCAACAAGCAGAAACCAAUCUGGUUGCGUAAGCCUGAGGAGAUCACUAAAGAGGAGUAUGCCUCUUUCUACAAGAGCUUGACUAAUGAUUGGGAAGAGCACCUUGCUGUCAAGCACUUUUCUGUUGAAGGUCAGCUUGAGUUCAAGGCUAUUCUAUUUGUACCAAAGAGGGCUCCAUUUGAUCUGUUCGACACUAGGAAGAAGAUGAACAACAUCAAGCUCUACGUUAGAAGGGUGUUCAUUAUGGACAACUGUGAGGAGCUCAUCCCUGAGUACCUAGGAUUUGUGAAAGGUGUUGUUGACUCUGAUGACCUGCCACUCAACAUAUCUCGUGAGAUGCUACAGCAAAACAAGAUUUUGAAGGUGAUUAGGAAGAACCUUGUGAAGAAGUGCAUUGAGAUGUUCAAUGAGAUCGCUGAGAACAAGGAGGACUAUAACAAGUUUUAUGAGGCUUUUUCAAAGAACCUGAAGUUAGGUAUUCAUGAAGACAGCCAAAAUAGGGCUAAGUUGGCUGACCUUCUCCGAUACCACUCAACCAAGAGUGGUGAUGAGUUGACAAGCUUGAAAGACUAUGUCACCAGAAUGAAGGACGGCCAGAAAGACAUUUAUUACAUUACUGGUGAGAGCAAGAAGGCAGUGGAGAACUCCCCAUUCUUGGAGAAACUCAAGAAGAAGGGAUAUGAAGUUCUUUACAUGGUCGAUGCCAUUGAUGAGUAUGCGGUUGGACAGUUGAAGGAAUAUGAUGGCAAGAAGCUUGUAUCCGCGACCAAGGAAGGUUUGAAGCUUGAAGAUGAGAGUGAGGAAGAGAAAAAGAAAAAGGAGGAGAAAAAGAAAUCUUUUGAGGAUCUAUGCAAAACAAUUAAAGAUAUUUUAGGAGACAAAGUGGAGAAGGUUGUUGUCUCUGAUAGGAUUGUGGACUCUCCCUGUUGUUUGGUCACUGGAGAGUAUGGGUGGAGUGCAAACAUGGAAAGGAUCAUGAAAGCUCAGGCUCUGAGGGACAAUAGCAUGGGCUCUUACAUGUCUAGCAAGAAAACAAUGGAGAUUAACCCUGACAAUGGAAUCAUGGAAGAGCUGAGGAAGAGAGCUGAGGCCGACAAGAAUGAUAAGUCGGUGAAGGAUCUUGUGCUCUUGCUCUUUGAGACUGCUCUCCUGACCUCUGGGUUCAGCCUUGAUGAUCCACACACAUUUGCUGCUAGGAUUCACAGAAUGCUCAAGCUGGGUCUGAGCAUCGAUGAGGAUGAGACCGGUGGUGAUGAUGCUGACAUGCCUGCUCUGGAGGAGGAGGAUGCUGAGGGAAGCAAGAUGGAGGAAGUAGAUUAAGAGUAUCAAAUUUUAGAUGUUUAUGAUCAGGUCGUGGAUAUUUACGUCUUUCUACCAUGAUUAAUCUAAUUUGAGGGGUCGGGUCCAAGGGGUAAUUGUAAAGUGUCUGUUUUCUUUCAAUGAACUCAAAAAAUGUCUGUCGAACUUUGUCUUUAUAAUCUCUGCCCAUUUACUACUAUGUUGUUCAUUAUUGGGUUUUCUAAUUUGUUUCCUUUUUCUCUGAGAAGUUUGCUGAACAUGUUCAUCUGGAAUGUUUCUUUGUACUGUAACGUCUGCAGAUUUAAAGGCAAAUAAUUGGCCAUGUAAAUCCAUAAAAUGGGGGAGCAUAUCACCUAGCCACCGUUCCUGCUGAGAUGAUGAUAUCCAAUAACCCACGUCUAAAAAUGAACAAAGCCUACGAUGGCUAAAGGCUUCCUCAUCCAACUCGGGAAUGUAACUUAAAAAAUCAAUGAGUAAAGUACGUAUCAAUUUCCCUAGCCAUUAAUUUGGAAUGAAGCAAAUUUAUUAGAAAAGUAGGAU